AUGGAACUGAUCCCAAACUUUUUCAUGGAAACCUGGGUUCUCCUGGGAAUCAGCCUGGUGCUCCUCUAUCUAUAUGGGACCUAUUCACAUGGAUAUUUUAAGAAGCUGGGAAUUCCAGGGCCAACACCUCUACCUUUUUUGGGAACUAUUCUUAAUUAUCGCCAGGGUUUGAUUAAUUUUGACACAAAAUGUUAUAAAAAGUAUGGAAAAACAUGGGGCCUAUAUGAUGGUCGACAACCUGUUUGGGUUAUUACGGACCCAAGCAUUAUCAAAACAGUGCUCAUCAAGGAAUGUUACUCUGCCUUCACUAACCGGCGGAAUUUUGGUCCAGUGGGAUUUAUGAAAAAAGCCAUCUCUAUGUCUGAGGAUAAAGAGUGGAAGAGAAUAAGAACACUUCUGUCUCCAACCUUCACCAGUGGAAAACUGAAGGAGAUGUUCCCCAUCAUUAACCAGUAUGGAGAUGUGUUGGUGAAAAACAUGAGACUGGAAUCAGAGAAGGGCAAGUUUAUCAACUUGAAAGACAUCUUUGGGGCCUACAGCAUGGAUGUGAUCACUGCAACCUUAUUUGGAGUAAACAUCGAUUCCCUGAACAACCCACAAGAUCCCUUUGUGGAGAAAGUCAAGAAGCUCUUAAAAUUUGAUUUCUUUGACCCUUUGCUCCUCUCAAUAAAAAUCUUUCCAUUCCUUACUCCAAUUUAUGAGGCAAUAAAUAUUUCUAUGUUUUCAAAGGAUGUCACAAAUUUUUUAAAGAAAGCUAUUUACAGAAUGAAAGAAAGUCGCCUUCAAGAGAAACAACAGCAUCGGGUGGAUUUUCUUCAGCUUAUGAUAAAUUCUCAGAAUUCCAAAGAUGUGGAGUCUCAUAAAGUCCUGUCUGAUCUGGAGCUUGUGGCUCAAUCGAUUAUCUUCAUUUUUGCUGGCUAUGAGAGCACUAGCAGUGUUCUUUCCUUCAUUUUGUAUGAACUGGCCACCCAUCCUGAUGCCCAGACCAAACUGCAGCAAGAGAUUGAUGCGGCUUUGCCCAAUAAGACACCUGCUACCUAUGAUACCGUGUUACAGAUGGAGUACCUGGACUUGGUGGUGAAUGAAACUCUCAGGUUGUACCCAAUUGCUGGCAGACUUCAGAGGGUCUGUAAGAAAGAUAUUGAAAUCAAUGGAGUUCCCAUUAGGAAGGGGACAGUGGUGAUGAUACCAAGCUUUGUUCUUCACCGAGACCCACAGCACUGGCCAGAGCCUGAGGAGUUCUGCCCUGAAAGGUUCAGUAAGCAGAACAAGGACAGCAUCCAUCCUUACAUGUACAUGCCCUUUGGAAAUGGACCCCGAAACUGCAUUGGUAUGAGGUUUGCUCUCAUGAAAAUGAAAGUUGCUCUUGUCAAAGUAAUGCAGAACUUCUCCUUCCAACCUUGUAAGGAAACACAGAUUCCCCUAAAAUUAGCCAAUCAUGGACUUCUGAAACCUGAAAAGCCCAUUAUUCUGAAGGCUGUAUGCAGAGAUGGGACAAUAAGUGGAGCCUGAACUUCCCUAAGUAUUUGUGCAUU